AUGAGCCCCCUGAAUUCAACCAUCCUUACAAACGGUGCUAUUGUGCAUCCUGACUUCUUUUACAUUAGUGGUUUUGCUGGUAUUCCCCACACAAAAUACUACUAUAUCUUCUUAUGCUUUGUCUACAUUGUGACUGUACUGGGAAACACCUUCAUCAUGUUUAUGAUUUACACUGAUCACUGUCUCCACAGUCCAAAAUAUAUUGCAGUUUUUAAUUUGGCUCUGUGCGACUUGUGUGGAAGCACGGCACUCAUUCCUCAGAUGAUUGACACCUUCCUGUUUAAAUCACAUUUAAUCUCCUUUGAGGCCUGCUUGACUAAUAUUCUUUUUGUCUUUUGGAUUAUCUCUAUGCAAUCUCUUACUCUCACUAUCCUGUCCUAUGAUAGAUUUAUUGCUAUAUGCUUUCCACUGAGAUACAAUGAGAUUGUGACAAUUAAAUCAAUAUUGGUGAUCACAGCCAUAUUAUGGAUUUUUUCAGGAAUGGCCACUCUCAUAGCUGUGAUUUUUAUCAACAGACUGUCAUUCUGCAAAUCCACGGAGAUAGACAGCUAUUUCUGUGAUCAUGGACCCAUUUGGCGUUUGGCAUGCAAUGACAACACACCAAGUUCUGUGAUUCAUUGGACACACCCUAUUAUGAUUCUCUGGUUUCCAGUACUUUUUAUUUCUGGCACAUACAUUUGUAUAGCCAGAGCAUUAUUAAAAAUUGCAGAAGCCUCAGAGCGCCUCAAAGCUAUGAAAACCUGCACCUCUCAUUUGAUCUUGGUGAGUGUGUUUUACCUUCCGAUUUGUUUCACAUAUGCACUGGGCUCCACCAUUCACCAGAACACCAGGAUCAUUAAUAUGUCAAUGUCAACUGUCUUGCCACCUAUGCUGAAUCCAAUUAUUUACUCACUGAAGACAGAAGAAUUCACAGAAUCCAUUAAGAAGCUGUACAGAAGAAACCGGAUACACAUCACUGGAAGGAAAAAAAUUAAUAAAUGA